CUCAGCCUGCCGCUUUACAUAUUCCACCGCCAUCGCGACACACAACCGGUGUGCCCUGUCGAAGCACAAAUUAUAACCAGAAGGUAGCAAGAUGGCACGAACAGUUGUAGGCUCCGCCGUCGUGGUCCGGGAGAAAUAUUAUUGGCCCGAUGCUCAACUCAAUAUCUGGACUAUCAUCAUGCUUGCGACAGCAGGCUUGAUAUUAGGCGUGAGCGCGCAAUUCAUGAUGAUCCAGAAUACGAUGAGAUUGCAGACCCCAUGGAUCCUCCCAUACGGCGUGACGGUCGGCGCCCUCACGAUCGUCUUCAUCAUCGUCGAACUCAUCCUGAUCGCGCAGCGCCGUCUGCUCCCCGGCGUCAUGAUGCUGCUAUCAUUCAUCCUCCUCGUGCUCUUCAUCACCGGCAUAAUCGGCACCGCCAUACAACUCUUCGGCGGCCCCAACAUCAACAACCAAUGCAAUGCAUACGUUUUCAAUAGGAGAGAGAGGGGCGCAUCGCUGGAGACGCUGGCAUGGCUGCAACAACAGAGCAUCUGUCAAAGUUGGCAAGCCGCCUUCGCAUUCUGGAUCAUCGGAUCCGUCUUCAUGGUGUGGAUGAUGGUCAUGGCCAGCCAGGUCAACCAGAACCAAUAUGACUGAUUUGCAUGCCUGUUUUGUCCUUCCUCCUUUUCUUUCUGAUUGUCUUCUCCGCACAUACAACCUUUGCUCCCUUCUUUGUUUCUGAAAAUUCGUUUUCUGUUGGCUUUCAAUGCCUGUUUACAAAUAUUCCCCCCCUUUUUCCGGAAAUUUUCCGAGAUGAUUGU